AUGUUGGCUUCAUGUACCGGCGCGAGAGCCGUGUCCCGCACCCUGCCGCUGGUUUCCAGGGGACAAAGACAGAGAUCGCUGCAGUUGCUCAGCCGGACGAGCCUUCAGUACAGAUACCAAUUCCCCGCGAGACAGUUUACGGCGUCUCAGAGCGUCCGUGAAGACGAGGCGACGGAAAAGGCGAAGCGAUUACAUGAAAAAAGCGACGAGCUAGAACACCAUACAACCAAGCGCCAUGGGUUACAGAAACAGGCAGACGAUCGACCCUGGCAUCGGCUGAGUGGGAGCAAGCAAUACAAAGAAACAUCACCAAAUCCCUCUAGAGGGGACGAUUCAAAGGGACGACUGCUUACGACACCAACCCGUUUGCUGAAGCUCAUUUUACCCAUGCCGUUCCACCCCGACCAAGAUACCAUAAACGAGGUCGAGGAGGGAACCCACAAAGACAACGGUAAACGGAUAGAACCUUUGGCGCUUCUGGUACACCCCCAGCAGCCGCUAUCUUACCUCGAACGACUUAUACAGGCCGAGAUUCCCCCAUUGCAGGUCAAUGGUCGCGAAAGGCUGCCCGACAUCGUUUUCCGGGCCGAAGCCGACCACGAAGAAUCUCCAGGGAGAUCGGGGGAAGACUCCGGCAAAAGCAACGUGGCGUCGUAUUCGGGCCUAGGUCGCGAGGCCCCUACAAAGGACGAAGAGGCGAACUGGGUUCGAUGGAGCGGCAGCACGGAAGUUGGGGAUUUCAUCCGAGACGCGGCUCGCGGGCGAGAGUUUGCCAUUAACAUUGAGGGAUUCAGCAAGGAGCUGCGGGUGGCUGUGCCCAGCUUCAAGGAUCGGACGCAUUACAUGAGACUGCAGCUGCGGCGGAUGUCGAGGAGUAUCGAUCAAAUGGCCAAGAUCAAGUCGGAAUGCGAUCUAUUGGCGCACAAGGGAGCCCAUCGUCUGGCACAGGGAGGUUUCGCAGCGCUGGCCGGGUGGUGGGGUGUCGUCUACUACGUGACUUUUCAUACCGAUUUCGGAUGGGAUCUGGUAGAGCCCAUCACGUACUUGGCCGGGCUGGCGACCAUCAUGGGCGGAUACCUGUGGUUCCUCUUCAUCAGCCGGGAUCUGAGCUACAAGGCGGCGAUGAAUGUGACCGUGUCAAGACGGCAGCAUGCGCUGUAUCAGGAGCGAGGAUUCGAUCCGCAGAAGUGGGAGCACCUGGUGCACGAGGCCAAUGCUCUGCGACGAGAGAUUAAAGCGGUGGCGACGGAGUACGAUGUUGACUGGGACGAGAUGAAGGAUCUUGGGGGACAAAGCGUCAAGAAGAUUUUGGAAAGGGAGAAGAACGGCAAGAAGAAUAAGGAGGAUAUCGACGAGGAGGCGGAUGAAGAAGCUAAUGAAGGGGUACAGAUGGAGAAGAAGGGCAAGGAGGAGCAGGAUGGGCACAAGAAGGAAUGA